GGGGACGUGUGUUUUUUUGAACCAGGAAGAGGAGGAGUUAAAAUGGCUGCGAACGACCAGGUGGAGAGUUGGACCGCGGAGAUAAUUUGUCCCAUCUGCCUGGAUUUCUUCACCGAUCCGGUCUCCCUGGACUGCGGGCACAACUUCUGCCGCUCAUGCAUCACACAGAGUUGGGACAGGGAGGGGAGAAACUCCUGCCCGGAAUGUAGAGAGGAAUUUACAGACCGCACCCUCAGGGUGAAUCGGGCCUUGGCGAGAUUGUCUGAGAAAGCUCGAACACUGGGCCCGAAUCGAACAGAGAAGGCGAGUAAACUUCAGUGCGAGGAUCAUCAGGAAGAACUGAAGCUGUUUUGCGAAACAGACGAGAAGCUGAUCUGUGUGGUUUGUGCAGCCGGGCGGGAACACAAGUCUCACAGCUUCACGCUGAUAGCAGAAGCUGCUGAAUUCUACAAGGGUCAGGUGAAAGCUUCCGUCCAGACUAUCACAAAAAAAGAAUCCGAGGUCCAGCAAAUGGUGCAGCAACAGAAAAAGAAUAUUUCUGGAGUUCUGGAACAGUCACACAACCUUCAGUCCGAGAUCUCAUCCCAGUUUGCUGAACAGCACCAGAUUCUCACUGAGAAUGAGCAGUGCGCACUGGCAGAUAUCCGUGAGGAAGAGAAGAAGAUUCUUAAUACAAUGGAGAAAAAUCUUGGAUCAAUUCAAGAGAAUUUAAAAUCUAUUCAGGAGGAUCUCAAUAAGAUGCAGCAACAUAUGGAUCAAAAAGACAGUGCAGUGUUUCUGAAGGAGGAAGUUGGUCGCAAGCGAAGGAUUCGUGAUGAACCCAAACCACUGUCGGUGGUGGAUGAAGCCAUGCAGAUUGAAAAGUUUCUUUGGCCUGUUUCAUUCAACACGACAGUCAAAGAUGUAUCUGAUGACUUCAAGCAAGUCUCCAUCACCCUGGAUAUAGAAACAGCGCAUGCACGGCUCGAGGUGUCCGAGGAUCGGAAGAGGGUGAGACUGACCCGGUCCCGGAGGAAUCUCGCUGACAACAAGAAGAGGUUUUCAAGCAGUCCGUGUGUGCUGGGAUCGGAGGGAUUUACAUCGGGGAGACAUUACUGGGAGGUGGAGGUGGCGGGGAGUCGGGGCUGGAGUCUGGGAGUCGCCGCAGAGUCUGUGGAGAGGAAGGAGCAGGCCACACUGACCCCGGAGACUGGAGUCUGGAGGAUCAAGCUGGCGGCUGACGACUUUGAAGUAUUCACCUCCCCUCCAUCCCGUUUCCCCGCCCAUCCUCUCCCCGGGAGGGUGGGAGUUUAUCUCAAUUACGAGUCCGGGACUGUUUCGUUUUACAACACAGAAACCAAGUCCCAUCUCCACACCUUCACUGAGAAUAAAUUCACGGAGAAACUCUAUCCUUUCUUCGGGCCUUGGGAUGGAAAUUGGCUGAGAAUCUGCUUUGAUUCCGCUCCGGGUGUGUAAAAGGGUCGGGUCCUGGGACCGGCGUCAGGAACGGGGCUCGUGCUGUGGGGCAGAAACCUGGUGGACAAUAGGUCGGCGCUGAACGAACGGCUCCCAUUUAAUCCCCAAAUUCCGCGUCGUAAAACCCCAGUGAGCGCGGAAAUAAAACCAGGGGGAAUGUAAACAUUUUAAGAACGAAAUAAACAGCGACUGAAAUCA